AUGACUGCCUCAAUCACUUCAGAAUCAACCUCCGACAUCUUGCAGAUCUCUGACAGCCUCCGCAAGGUUGAAAUAGGCAACACUGCACCGUACGAAUUUAUUGACACGGCCUCUGUACUGUCGGGGGUGCUGGACAUUCUGCAUGGCCUACCAACUGUUCCUCCUUCAAUCUUUAUCGAUCUAGAGGGCGAAAACCUUUCCAGGCAUGGCACCAUUUCGAUACUGCAGAUACAUGUCCUGCCACUUAAGCGAACGUACCUUAUCGACUUAUACACGCUGGAUGAAACAGCCUUCAGCGUCACUGGAGCGAGAGGACAGACGUUGAAACAGAUUCUCGAGUCUUCUAAGAUUCCAAAAGUCAUUUUUGAUGUGCGAAAUGAUUCAGACGCCUUAUACAAGCACUUCAACAUCCGCUUGGCCGGCAUGCAGGAUCUCCAGCUAAUGGAGGUUGCCACGCGAUCCUUUGGUAGGAAGCAUGUCAAUGGUCUGGCCAAGUGCAUUGAGCGAGACGCGUCAUUGUCUGCAGCUGAAAGACAACGGUGGAAAGACUGCAAAGAGACAGGUAUUCGACUUUUUGCGCCGGAGCGUGGAGGUAGUUAUAAGGUGUUCAAUCACCGCCCAAUGUCCAAGGAGAUCCUGCAGUACUGCGUCCAGGACGUGCAUUUUAUGCCGCGCCUAUGGGCAUACUACAACGGGAAGAUGACACCACAAUGGCACCAGAGGGCUGAAAUUGAAUCGAAGGAGAGAGUGAAACUGUCUCAGUCGCCGAGUUAUGUCAGCCAUGGGCCUCACAAGGCACUGGCCCCUCGUGGCUGGCUCUACUUAUAA